AUGACCAGAGUGCGCCAUUGCUUGCUGAGCCUGGUACUUCUGCUUGGGAUCUCUAUCUUCUGCCAGACAUUCGCUGUCAGAGGCCGACCACCUCGCCAAAGUCGCAAAGGAAAAGGUCGUUUGGGAGGUGUGGAGCCGCGCUACUACCAGCAAGAAGCUGUGAACCUAUUUUUUCAACGGGCACGGAGCAUCAGAAACGAGAAGUCUAGGCCGAUGCGUUUGCAAUUGGUGGGAGGUGCAGGGAAGACGCAUAUCUAUGCCAUGAUUGUUUCAAGAUCCUUAAAAGAGCAGCCCAGCAGUCGCGUGGUGAUCUUUGUACCCUGGCGCCCCUUGGCGGUUCAAACCUGUCAGAAACUCCGGGGGUGCGGGUUUCAUACCUCCAUGCUGGGUGAUGGGCAAAAUGUCAUCGAUCCACUUGCUUCAGUGGUCGUUUGCGUCUACAACAGCGCCCCCAUACUGAGGGGUCAGCAUUUUCGUGUGAAGAUUGUCGACGAAGCGCACCACUUGCAGGGUGAUGGCUUCCAUACCAGCUUGAUCCGCGAUGGCAUCACUGCAGACCUGGAGGCAGAAUUUACUGCCACGUUUGGAGGAGAAUCCUCUGAUGAUUUGGACUACCUCUAUUCAUUCCAGAAAGCAGUUCAUGAUGGCUAUGUUUGUGAUCUAAAUAGCUAUGUUUUGCCACUGGCCUGCAAUGACCAGCGCAUGUCAAAGCUUGCGGAAUUCAUCAGUUUGAAGAGUGCCGAGUGGUCACCCAUGCUGAUUCUCUUUAACAAGCUCAGAAAUGCCCGAGCCUUCGCAAUGAAGUUGCGAGAACAUCAGGUCCGCGCGGCAGCUUUGGCACAUCGAGAUCCAAAGACCUACCGAGAGAUGUGCCGCAAAAACCUGGCAGAGGGCAGUAUCCAGGCACUGUGCUGUGUUCGGCUCUUCAAUGAAGGAACUGACAUUCCCCCAUUGCGUACCGUUGUGGUGGCUGACACACGGCCCAAAAGCGAUAUCAGCAUCUUGCAAGCAGCGAUGCGCUCAUUGAGGCUGCACAAGAACAAAGCUGAUGAUACGGCACAGAUCGUAGCAGUAGUGAAUGCCACAGGUGCUGUGAGCACAGUUACUAGCCGUGUGAAACGCACCGUGCGACAACUCUCAGCCUUGUGGGAAGGUAUGAGUACCACACGUAGACAGGUGGAGGUGGCAGAUUUGGAGCAAAUGGAUUCCAGAUCAAGUUUGCAGCUGGUCAACAUCCAUGGGGAGAUGUUCCCCCCGAGCAACCAGAAUCUGUGGAGCUUGGUGGAGGUCGAGCGGCAAACACCGAUAGUAAAUGCUUCCCGACGGCACGACUUCCAUAGAUUGAAGUUUGAGCUUGAGCCGAAGGUAAAGGUUGUGACUGCCCUUAGCGUUUGA